AUGGGGCUGCCCCAGCCAGGGCUGUGGCUGAAGAAGCUCUGGGUACUCUUGCAGGUGGCCCUCCAUGUGAUCUUAGGCAAAGUACAGCUGAAGCUGUUUCCCAGGAGAGUGAAGCAGCAUAUCUUGGCCAUGAACCGGAAGAACCCGCACUUCUCCUAUGACAACUGGGUUCCGACCCUCUUUGGCACCCAGUAUUUCUGGUUCAUCCUGAAGGUCCGUUGGCAACGAUUGGAGGACAAGACUGAGGAAGGGGGUCUAGCCCCCAACUGCCCCGUGGUCUGCCUGUCCGGACAGCGGUGUAACAUCUGGGACUUCAUGCAAGGCAAGAGGCCACUGGUGCUGAAUUUUGGAAGUUGUACCUGACCUUCGUUUCUUUUCAAAUUUGACCAAUUCAAGAGACUUAUUGAAGAUUUUAGUUCCACAGCAGAUUUCCUCGUCAUUUACAUUGAAGAAGCACAUGCAUCAGAUGGCUGGGCUUUUAAGAACAACGUGGUCAUCAGGACUCACCGGAACCUCCAGGACCGCCUCCAGGCAGCCCGCCUGCUGCUGGACAGGAGCCCCGGGUGCCCUGUGGUGGUGGAUGCAAUGAAGAACCAGAGCAGCCAGCUCUACGCGGCACUGCCGGACAGACUCUAUGUGCUCCAGGAGGGCAGGAUUCUCUACAAGGGUAAACCUGGCCCUUGGAACUAUCAUCCAGAGGAAGUUCGUGCUGUUCUGGAAAAGCUCCACAGUUAAUUUGGACAGAUCCC